AUGCGUGGACGAUCCAUCAACGCCGCAGAGGCGUUUGAUGAGAGACCAAGAUUUAUGGAGAGCAGAUCUAAAUCUGGCUUGGCAAGCUCGGACACAAUAUACAGAACGGAGAUGAGUAAUACGCUUUAUACGACAGAUCCAGUCGGAAAUUAUGGAGGAUAUCAAAGUAACGAAAAUGUUGAAGAAAACCGCAAAUCGAGAACGAAAGCAAAUGUACGUGUACAGCAAGAUAGAGAUAUAAAACUCGGAAACAAGAAGCAGUCAAACGCUCAGACAUCCAAGUGGACUUCACGACACGAAGCGCACUCGUCGUGGAUGAUGCCAGAAGAUAAAGCAGGACACGCAAUUGCAAGAAUCGAAGUUUGA